CGUUGCUCAAUGCUCGCUCAUCUGCGCACCGCCGCGCCUUGUAGGACACCAGCGUCAUGGACUGUCCUCAGCCGUAGUCGCGGCCUGGCUUCCUUAUCUCGUGCAUCAGAGGAGGAGGACGAUGAUGAGUCCACUUUCAUGAAUGCAAGAAAGAAGGGGGACGCUACCGAUCCUUCCUUCCCCAAAUGGUUGGCGUCGACGGGUAAGUUCUACAGGGAUCCAGUCAGGCCCCGCAACUGGCUUGGUGGCAAAGUACCUUUCCCGCUGAACCCAUCCUUCAAGCCGCCUACCCCCGUGUCGGAUAGACUGCGCACUCAGAUCUACGAUGAAUAUAUGCUCAAUCCCGAAGUGUAUAAUGUGCGGGCACUCUCCGAGCGGCAUGGCAUCAGUAUUCAGCGUGUCGAUGCCAUCCUGAGGUUGAAGGGUCUGGAGGAAAGCUGGAAAAAGGAGAACAAGCCCUUGCAAACUGGCUUUCAAGUUGGCAUGGAGGAGAUACUUGGCGUCACCGACAACAUCAAGACUGUUCGAGGUGCUGCUCAGGGUUCGCAAGAGCUGGGUUCGGAUGCCACACAGGCUGAUGCGGCAAACCCUGUCGGAAAGGCUCGUGCACGAGACCGGUAUCAACGGUUGUUCUGGGAGCCGGUGGUUGAGGGACAAGAGCCCGUCGUCCUACGUGAGCUGGAACGCGCGCGUAUGCAGGCUCGAAGUCGCGCGAGAGCUGUCGCCGAUGCGAAGGAUGCUCAAGUUCAGGUCCCUCAUCCUAAGGAGGAGGUGCAUGCUGUUGUUGAACGGCCUGGUCGGCCGGCCAUCAAGUUCAUUGAUGUUGGGGGUGCAUAUGUCGACGUUGAUGAGCGUUUGGAGAGGCUGAAAGCAGCCAAGCACCGGUCGGAGCUGAAGGCAAAGCGGCGGGCUCGCGCGCAUGGGACGCAGGAUGAUGCGAAGCCAACGCCUGAGGCUGUUGUCGCAGCGCACUAGUGUUUCGUUCCUCUGGUUGCUUGCUCUGGAUACACUAUGUUCUCCCGUGUUAAUGAUAUUGCUUUCGAAAUGGUUUGAGUGGAAA